GUCGCUGAGUUUCACUUCUCUGUGACGAGAAGUGAAAGGAAGCACCAGCAGCACGUAAAACCACUGCACAGAAGCGGAGACAUCGUUCCUCACACGGAGAAGAAACAUCAGGAGCCACCUUCAGCAAAUUCAUCCUGCAGUGAUUCAGCAGCCCGGCAACAUGCUUCUGUCAGUGGCAGCAGUGCUCCUGCUCCUCUCCUGCACCAGUGGAGAAAACCCUGCAAUACAAGUCCUCCUGACCAACAAAGGGCUUCAGUACGGGAAACACGCAGGGACAGACUGGAUUCAGAGGAAUUUGGAGGGUGUCACCCUCCCUGACUUCAGUGGUCACUUUACUUGGUUACACCUGUUUAAGAUUGGCUUCACACUGACAGGCACCCGGAUAAAGAAGUGUGACCUUCCAGAGCCGUCUACUGAGUUCUAUCCAGAUUCCACAGGAUUCAAGACAUCACUGUCAGGCCUCAGUGUUGCCUUGUCCGGAGAGUGGAGCACCAGCUUCAUGAGAUUGCGUGACGGUGGAACUUUCGACAUGGCUGUGUUUGGUGUGGAUGUGACCUCUGUGGUGAAGCUGGGGACAGAUGCUGGCGGCCAUUUGUCUGUGACCAGUGUGAGCUGUGACGCUCGCGUUGUACGUGUAGAUGUAAACAUCCGUGGUGGAACCAGACGCACAUUUCCGUAUUUUGUGAGGGAAUUCAGGAGCGGUAUCAGGAGACAAAUAGAGAUCGGAAUUUGCCCCCAUGUGAAGGAAUAUAUUGGAAACUUGGAGCAACACCUAGAGGCCAUAAACGUUUUCUUCGAUGUGGAUCAGGCUCUCAGCUUGGACCUUGCUCUCACCACUUUACCUGUUGUCAGUGUUUCAAGUCUGAAUCUGGGUCUCAAGGGUGAGUUCUACAACAUCAAAACUCAUGCAGAGCCUCCGUUUGAAGCUCCGUCCUUCACUGUGCCGGAGCAGCAGGGCUACAUGUUUUCCGUGGGCCUGUCCGACUUCACUGUGAACUCGGCCUUGUAUGGAUACUACUCAGCCGGAGUGUUUCGGACCCUCAUCAACGACAGCGUGAUCCCCCCAGGCUUUCCCCUGCACCUAAAUACCAGCUUAAUGGGACCCUACAUCCCUCAGCUUCCCAAGAUGUUUCCCGGUCUGCUGAUGAAUCUGCGGGUUUCUGCCACAGAGGUUCCGGUGUCUUCAUUCCAGCCUGAUUCUGUUAAGCUGAGCUUCCAUGGCGCCGUUGAGGCCUUCGCCAUCCAGCCAAACGCUACCGAGACGCCACUGUUUGAACUCAGUGUUGUGUCAAACUUCAGCAGCAAAGUGUGGACCGCCGGUGAAAGAGUGAAAGGCUCUGCUUCAAUGGACAAUUUCACACUGACGCUGGUGGGAAGUAAUGUGGGACCCUUCAAGACUGAUGCUUUGGAAAAAGUUGCAAGGAUAGGAGUAGAGAUGGUCCUGGCAAAAGUGAAUGAGACACUGGGCGAAGGAAUCCUUUUACCCGGACUGGGAUAUGCACAGCUAGUCGACUCAGUUCUGAAAGUGCAUGAGGGGUUCGUCGUCCUCCUCUCUGAUGCUGAGGUGUUAACAGACAGAGGCUUCAGCUCACACACUGACAGAGCUGAGUAACUCUGGCACAUCGAGCAGCCAAUAGACAAGUUUCUGUCUCUGAUGCCACGCGACAGAAGCUAAAGCUCAAUGACUAAUUUGUCUCAACAAUAAUCAAUUUAAAUCAACUCUGACUGCAAUAAAAACGUUUUCCAAAAAAAAAAAAAA